GCUUGACCUCCCUCUACACCAAAACACAAUUCAUCACAUCGUAUCGAAUCGCAUCGCAUUCCAUCUGCUUCAACAUCUGUCUCUAGGCUCCCACCCUUAACCAACGAGAUAUAGACACCACUGCCGCGAAUUUGAGUCUGCAUCAACACGAGCUAAACCUGUCCGCCAACUUGUUCAAGCAAUACCUACCCAAACCCAUCGCAGUUCAACUUACACGUCGACCUGAACACCCUUGAAUCUCCAUCAUGGUUGUCUAUUCAUUCCACAUCUUCGACCGACACACCGAAUGCGUCUACUCAAAGUCCUGGCUUCCGCCAUCAGCGGGCUCCGAAACCGCUGCUCCGAGCACGUCCUCUGAUGACGCAAAGCUCCUAUUCGGCACAGUUUUCUCCCUUCGAAAUAUGGUCCGUAAGCUCGGCGGCGACGACGAUGCAUUCAUCAGCUACCGAACUGCCCAGUAUAAGCUACACUUUUACGAAACACCCGCCAACUUGAGAUUUGUUAUCCUCACCGACACAGCGACCUUGAGCAUGCGCAAUGUGCUACACCAAAUUUACAUCAACCUAUGGGUGGAAUAUGUGGUCAAGAACCCCCUGGCGCCAGUGGAACACAAAAACGGCGAUGGUGUCAAGAACGAGCUCUUCGAGUUGGGCCUCGAUCAGUUCAUCAGGGGCUUGAUGUGAGCGGGAGGAGCAAGAGUAAUGAGCACUUUUCGAAGCAUUGCGUUUGAAAAUACCACCUACAACCAUGGGGCUUUUGAGAUGGGGAAACAAACCCACUUCCCCUCCAGUCUAGAUACUGCGCUCCCGGGCAUGGCCUGAAGGCUGGAGGUAUGAAGGAGGUGUUUCCCAGCCAUCAGGAGAAUAACCCAAACACGAGAACACGGCACUCGUGUUGCCCGGCUCCGAGCAGGAUGACGGUUUCGGCAUGGCAGCGCGAGUCCGUACCAGAAGCCCGGAAACGUCCCUCACGUUCGGCACGUUCGGCUAAGGAGGCAUGCGGAAGGAGAGAAGAGAGGACUAUACCCAACGCCAUUUCCGGCAUCAAUGUUACAAGAGGGGGGUUGUUAAACCAAAUCCCUCAGACUCGACUAAACUAUAUCAACACCAUAUACUCGCCUCUAAAUGACUAAGAUGUGACAUUUGUUUGCGUCUUCAGUGGCCCAGAUGCUUCCCGAUAUUAUGCUGCUCCUUUAUCUCCAUCCCUGAUUCCCAUGUGAUGAUCCCGCCAUGACUCCCAAAGUUAUGUAGCAACACAACAAACACAACCAAAAUACAUACGCUUCACGACUUGUCCUCCACUGCUCGUCCCCAUGCGCUCUCGAAGCCCCCCUGAGGGUCUACCACAACCAGGCUUGAUUCCCCCUGUGCACCGUGGACUUGUGUCUGUGUCUGAGUCUGUGUCCGAGUCUGUGGUUGCGAUACCUUGGUGACACCAGUUGUCUGCGAAGCGCCAAGAUCAACAGCACUGGCCAUCAGGUCAUCAUCUGUGCGAAUUUCCUGCUCCCAAUUACUUGAAUACACGACAGCAGCAAAAGCCUCCAGAUCACGGACAGUCUCCAUCUUCUGGAGGUAUUCGUUGGGCAUUCCAUCGCCAAUAACAUGUGCCUGACGUGUCAACACCGACAGGAUCUUGGGCAGUAGAAUCACCUUUGAGCGCUGCUGGUCCUUAAGUUCGGGAGUGACGAUACCAUCUGAGGCCGGGAGUUCAAACGCGGCAGUGGCGAGCUUGUUAUCAAUGAGAUAGGAGAAACCUGCGUCGAGGAGAAGAGUGAGGACGUGCGUGAAACUGGGUGAUUCGAUAAGGUCGGCUGUCUCGUCAAGCAGCCGUCUCAGAAUUGCCUGUGACGCGGGUGUUGACUGUUCGCCACCCUGAUUAGAUGUCUCGUCGAGGAUGCCCGACUCUCGAAUCACUUCGUCCUCCAUGCCUCUGGGUGGGAGGAGGAAGUUGAGCCAGUCUGACUUCUGACGCUCCUCCUUUGUAGAGCCUUCGACAAGCUUCCUCACCUCGGUCGUCAGCUCAGAGAACCUCUCAAAGCUCAAGAGGUCCCUAGGGCUCAGGCUGCCAAAGACGGUGCGCACGGCGCUCUCCACUCGGCGCAUCAAGUCCACCCAUCCUUUGUUGAGUAGCCACCAACUGAAGGUCAGGUACUUGCGAUUUAUGUCGAAGUCACUGCCAUAUGUCUGUUCUGUGUUGUCGUCAUCGUUGUUCUCAAGACUGAUGGUGCCUUGUUGGCCACCUGUUGCGAGGGCCACCACGCUCGAUAGAUAGCUUCUUCGGCCAAGGAGGUUGAGUUGAACCCGAGUUAGCAUUGUAAGCAGCGCGAGGGUAUAUAUCA